AAUAGCAUAUAUGGGAUAAACUGAAAGAAAACGAUGCAGAAACUUGGUCUCGAUUGUUCACUGGGAUUCCUUGCGGGCAAAUCGCAACAGUUUGAAACAAAUAUAUUGGAUCUAAAUUACGAUUGCUAUGUGGAGAUAUUCUUGUAUUUGACAGCGCUCGAAGACAAAUUAAAUUUGUGCCGAGCACAUUGGCGAUUUCGUAACGUAUUUGCCAGGCAGGAAUGUCGUCAUUAUGCCAAAAUCAAUAUGCGAAUGCUGCGCUCCAGUUCGGAUUGGGAUUAUCUACUGAGCCUGUUUGGCGUAAGUGUUGUGGAGUGCGAAAUACGUCAUGGACGCUUUGACGAUAAUAUCACGAAACCUUUCUUGACUAACUUGAAUGCACAUUGCAAGAAUUUGCAACACUUGUAUUUGUUGUUUACACGCUCCGUUCAAAAGUCGUCGGAGUCGGAGGGUAGUGGUCUGAUUAUUUUAAAAAUGCUGCAGCGAAAAGAUCUGAAAAGCCUAAGCCUCAUCGAUGCGAGUGCUGCCGACGUAUUGCAGGUGAAACAUUUUAUGGAACUGGAGGCGCUACACAUUGAUGGAUUAGAUAAGGAGUUGAAUAAUAAGGAUUUUGGCCAGGUGCUUCAGUCGCUGAAAUUAUUGCGUCGACUUUCGAUACGAUUCGAUUACAGGCGAGAAUUUCCGCCGUUGUCCGUUCAUUGCCCGCAGUUGGAGCACUUGUCGCUGAAUAACUUUGAUGGAGCGCUAGAUGAUGUGGGAUAUUUUCCUCAUCUGAAAUCUCUGUGUAUUUUUUGGCGUUUGAGCACUCGCUUGAAUCACAAUCUCUUUCGAACACUGGUCCAACAGUAUCGCGAUUGCUUGGAGCAAUUGCAGAUGACUAUGCUGGCUAGGGAGCAUGUGGUGCACAUUGUUGAGUUCAAGGAACUCAAGUCGCUGGUCUGCAACAUGUGGUGCAGCGAGGACUCCCUGUUAAGUUUGAGCCAAUUGAGACAACUCGAGUGUCUGCAUUUGAAUUGCAAACAGUCCACGGAUCGUAUGAUGCAGCUGCUCGCUAUGAUUGGGAACUGCUCACAGCUGCAGCAUAUAAAAUUGGGCAUUCUCUGGCAGAAACUGGACUUGGAAUACUUUUCGUGUGCCUUGCAGGAGAAGGUGCAAAAGCAAUCAGCAACUGGAGUUGUUCGCUACAAAUUGCUGCUAACGGUGGACUUUCAAAUAGAAAACGAACUACAAAAAGAGCUAAGGCGGAAAUUAAAUCCACAAUAUGUGAAAUUGGAUUGCGAGGGCACUUCAUGCUGCCUGUGUAAGCCAGAUCACUUCACCAGACAUGCCAUAUGUAAUUUUGAUUAGUUCUUUGGAACUCACCUCGCAAUGCACCUUCUCAAUGGCAAUGGUCAGAUGGAGUAUCCAAUCAUUGUAAGCUAGGCCACGCUCCACAAACUCUUCACGCUUCAGAUCAUAGACGUCAUUCUCCUCGGCCUCGAAACUGGACCAGUUGAGUGGGUCCAGAAUGAGCACGGCCAACGGUGAGCUCGUCUCUAGUAGAAUAUCAAACGAGGAGUGCCAUAAAAUGCAAGUGGCAUGCGAGUCCGUAAAGUAUUGUUGUGCUUUUUAUAAAUGUAUUUUAGAAGAAA